AACCAGAAGUGAGGAACAGGAUGCUCCGCAAGCCUGCAGCUCAAACCCUACUGAGGACACUGCUUCUCCAAACCCUGCCGAAGACAUUGCUUCUCAAGCCUGUGACAGUGAUACAGAGACACAUCAUGACCCAGACAACCAUGGAGAGGCAUUGGAGACUCUAAAGGAGACACUAGCAGAACAGAAGCAGGAGAUGUUGAACCUGAAGAUGGAACUUCAAGGCAAAGACAGCCAAAUCCAGUUGCUUGGGAAGGAACUUCAUGCAUACACUACAGAUGCAUUAACCCCAGAGUGUCUAAACAACAGUCAUGUACCUGAGUACUUCCACUACUGCACUGAAUUCACCUAUGAUCAGUUCAACAGCUUAUACAAAGAGAUCUUUAAUCAGUGUAAUAUCAUAGAGCUACUGCAGGGUUGUAUUCAGUGUGGCUACCUUAAAGUUGGAGAUGGAUUAAUGACCGACAAAGGUUUUCUGAUUGAAAAAGAAGUGGAAGAGAUUGGUCUCAGACUGAACAUUCCACCUUUUGCUAGAUCUAACCGUCAGAUGCCACAUGCAGAUGUUGAGAUGACCAAAAAAAUCGACAAACACAGAGUUCAUGUGGAAAGGCUGUGUUUUUAUUUUGUUUAUCUGAUAGAAACUGUAGUGCUGCCCAUUCCCACCACCAUGUUGGGGACAGCUCUGGUCCUGCUGCUUGUUUACUUCUUUUCUUCCCACAAUCAAGAAUGUGGGAAAGAGCCUCCAGGACCCAGGCCACUGCCCCUGCUUGGUAACAUCCUGCAGCUGGAUCUCCACAAGCCCUAUAAUACCCUUUGCAAGUUCUCAAAGAAAUAUGGAUCUGUAUUCACUGUGUACUUUGGACCGAAGAAAGUGGUGGUCCUAGCAGGAUACACAACAGUCAAGCAGGCACUAAUCAACCAAGCAGAAGAAUUUGGGGAGAGACAAUUGACCCCAGCUGCUAUGGACAUCAGUCAAGGACAUGGAAUUCUAUUUGCCAAUGGAGAUUCAUGGAAAGAAAUGAGACGUUUUGCCCUGACUAACCUGAGAGACUUUGGGAUGGGCAAGAAGGCAGCUGAGGAGAAAAUCAUACAAGAAUGCCAAUAUCUGAUCCAAGAAUUUGAGAAAUAUGAGGGCAAAGCAUUUGACACAAAACGUCCAGUGAAUUAUGCUUCUUCCAAUAUUAUUUCAUCCAUCGUAUAUGGUAGCAGAUUUGAGUACAAUGACCCGCAAUUCCAAGCCAUGGUGGACAGGGCCAGUGAGACAAUUCGUAUAACGGGCACACCAGCAAUCCAGCUGUACAAUGUUUUUCCCUGGCUGGGCAAUUGGGUAAAGAGCUGGAGGAUGAUGAUGAAAAAUAUCAAAAUGAAUACAAGAGAAAUUAGGGGUUUAAUCAGGCAUCUGAAAGAGACACUGAAUCCCUACAUGUGCAGGGGAAUUGUGGAUUCCUUUCUGAUCCGUAAACAAAAAGAGGAGAAUUCAGGAGUCCUGGACUCUCACUACCAUGAGGAGAACCUCAUAUUCACAGUUAACAACCUUUUUGCUGCUGGCACUGAUACAACAGGAACUACAUUGAGAUGGGGUCUGCUGCUAAUGGCCAAAUAUCCACAUAUACAGG